AACCCCCGAAGCGCUGCGCCUCCAGCCACCUUAUAAGCGCGCGCCUCCGCCCCUCGCCUCGGCAGCUCGACGCAUUCCCGCCGCCGCCCGCACGAAACCUUUCACCGAGAGAAUCGACAGGGAGGGAAGGGGAGAGGAGAGCGCUGAAAUGGAGGCUGCCAAGUCGGUGACGCCGGGCGCCGUGUCCCUCAUCCUGGCGAACCCGUCGCCGGACUCCGCCGCCGACGUGCCGGAGAUCGUUGUCCAGGUCGUCGACCUCAAGUCCAUCGGUACCCGUUUCACUUUCAUGGCGAGUGACGGGAAAGCGAAGAUCAAGGCGAUGCUUCCCACCCACUUCGCGCAGGAGGUCCGCUCCGGCAACCUCCAGAACCUCGGGCUCAUACGCAUCCUUGAUUACACCUGCAACGCCAUCGCCAGCCAACUCGAGAAAGUCUUGAUUAUCACCAAAUGCGAGGUUGUGUCCAAAGCGCUCGACGCCGAUAUCAAGAGCGAGAUCAAGGAAGAAGAGGAGCAUACGAUUGUCCUGAAGCCCAGGGAAGAAGGUGUGGUUGUGUCCAAACCCAUAAGUGCUCCCCCGGUUGUGCUGAAGCCGAAGCAGGAGGUGAAAUCCGCGUCCCAGAUCGUGAACGAGCAGCGUGGAAAUGCUGCUCCUGCGGCGCGCCUGGCCACGACAAGAAGGGUCCAUCCUUUGAUCUCCCUGAACCCCUACCAGGGUAACUGGAUCAUCAAGGUGCGGGUCACAAGCAAAGGCAACCUCAGAACUUACAGGAAUGCCCGUGGAGGAGGUUGUGUCUUCAAUGUUGAGCUCACUGAUGAGGAUGGCACCCAGAUCCAGGCCACCAUGUUCAAUGAGGCUGCGAAGAAGUUCUAUCCGAUGUUUGAGCUGGGGAAGGUCUACUAUGUCUCCAAAGGAUCACUUAGAAUCGCCAACAAGCAGUUCAAGACUGUCCAGAAUGACUAUGAGAUGACCCUAAAUGAGAGUGCUGUUGUUGAAGAAGCUGAAGGGGAAACUUUUAUUCCACAGGUGCAAUAUAACUUUGUCAAGAUUGAUCAACUAGGAUCAUAUGUCAAUGACAGGGAGCUAGUAGAUAUUAUUGGUGUUGUUCAGAGUGUGUCGCCCACACUGAGUGUUAGGAGAAAGAUCGACAAUGAGACAAUUCCAAAGCGUGAUAUUGUUGUAGCAGAUGACUCUGGCAAAACUGUUACUGUUUCUCUUUGGAAUGAUCUUGCUACCACUACUGGUCAAGAGCUCUUAGACAUGGUUGACAGUUCGCCUGUCAUUGCAAUAAAGAGCCUAAAAGUAUCUGACUUCCAAGGUGUGUCUCUUUCAACUAUAGGCAAAAGUACACUUGUGAUUAACCCAGACAUGCCUGAGGCACAGGAGCUUAGAUCAUGGUACGACACUGAAGGCCAGGGUACUUCAAUGGCACCAGUUGGUGCAGAUAUGGGUGCAGCACGGGCUGGUGGCUUGAGAUCCAUGUAUUCUGAUAGAGUUUUUCUGACCCACAUCACCAGUGAUCCUACUUUGGGUCAGGAUAAGCCUAUGUUCUUCAGUUUGAAUGCCUUCAUAAGCCACAUCAAGCCUGACCAGAACAUGUGGUACCGUGCUUGCAAGACAUGCAACAAGAAGGUGACUGAAGCUGUUGGAUCUGGAUACUGGUGUGAAGGAUGCCAAAAGAAUGAUGCUGAGUGCUCGCUGAGGUACAUCAUGGUCAUCAAGGUUUCUGAUCCCACUGGUGAGGCAUGGGUCUCCGUCUUCAACGAGCAUGCAGAGAGGAUCAUUGGCUGCAGCGCGGACGAGCUUGAUCGGAUCAGGAAAGAGGAGGGCGACGACAGUUACAUUCUCAAGCUCAAAGCAGCCACCUGGGUUCCUCAUCUGUUUCGUGUCAGUGUCGCGCAGCACGAAUACAUGGGCGAGAGAAGGCAACGGAUCAACGUGAAGAGUGAAUCACCGGUUGACUACGCAGCUGAAUCCAAGUACCUGCUCGAGGAGAUCGCAAAACUUACUGCUUGCUAGAUGCAGUGUUUUUAGUGAAGGAUGAAGGAAUGGCUCGAGAUGUUUUGCUAUCUCAAGGCAUUGAGAUGUAACUUUAUAUUGUGUCAAGUAGGUGCUCAUUGGAUUUAGGGUUUUUAACCCCUCUGUAAUAUAUGUAGAUGUUUGCUUUGCGUGAUUUCAAGCAACCAGAUGUGUUGGGCAGUGUAGUAUGAUUCCUUGACAGUUCCAAUUCCAUAUUAUCGACA